AUGGCCACUCAAGUCAUUUCGACGGAGCAAUCCGAACUCCGCGCCCUCAUUUUCCAGCAUUUCGCCCUCACAAACGCACUUUCAAUGUCAGAGUCAACAUCUGACUCGUACGGGAGCAUCGUUGAGAUGCUCAAGAGCCCCAAUCCAUCAAAACUCCCGUCGGUGCCCAAAAUCGACAGCACCCCUCAUCUCAAGACUGUUCGCGGCAGCCGAAUACACACAUACUCCAAAAAGGAUGCACCAUACCCCUUGUCCUACGACCGUGCUGUGCUCGACAGUGACAUUUGUGAUCGUAUAACGCUAAAAUCUCUUUGCGAAAACGGUCUCACGCUGUGUAAUUUGCCUGAAGAACCCAAGUCUGUCCUCGACCUGGCUUGCGGUAGUGGGUCCUUCAUUAUCGAGGCCGCCGCCACAUUGUGGAAGAAUGCGGAGCUACUUGUAGGGUUUGAUCUCGUCAACAUUCAACCAGCCUCUGCGUUGCUUCAUGACCGCAUACGAUGGGUACAAGGCAACAUCCUGGAUGGCCUUCCGUUUGAGACGGGGUCGUUCGACUAUGUGCGAAUCUGCCGAUUGGCGAUGGGUAUCCCCGAGAAUAAAUGGAGCCAAGUGUUAGAGGAGGUCUAUAGAGUACUUCGGCCUGGAGGGGCUCUCGAAGUCGUCGAGGAGGAUAUCAUUUUCCCAUUUCGACCCGCACCAGAAUCUAUGGCCUCGACUCCGCCCUCCGUAUCAGCUCAUGGUGACCUGGAUAACAGUUCGGGAAGUUCAGCUGCCGGACAUUCUGUACGCAGUGCUCCUCAUGCUGCAUCGGGUCGUCGACCAAUAAGCAUCAUGGUCCCCAAGACUCUAAACCCGCGCAUGCGAAGUCGCUCUCUUGGAUACAAUAAUGUCCAAAUCCCCUCUGUGGUUCAAUCGGUCUCGACCAUGCCCACCUCGUCGGGUCGAGUCUCCUUGGCAUCUCAGGAAGAGUUUCAAAUGAUUAUCACCAAUAGUGACAAGAUGAAUACCACUUUACGGGACCCGCGGGAUCAUACUAUUCUACACCGAGCUUGGGAGCAAAUGCUUGAUGACCGAUUCAUUUCUGCCAACCCCACAUCACUUCUCUCUUUCUAUCUGUCGUUGCAUUUCUCGUCUGUUCACUCUCACGAACCUAUCCAAGUUCUAGCACCAAGAUCAACCCUCUGCGGUACUUCAACGACACUAAAAACUACCGAAGGAAUGGGAAAGGUCGUCUUGACUCCCAUGACAGCAGCACCUUCCACCACCACGAGACGAAUGAGCGAUGUCUUUGUUACAAAGGAUGCGGGGAUGCACCUACGCCAGUGUAUGCAAGUCGUCCUGGGAUGUGAACAGGCACUUUGGGAGCAAGUUCACAAAAUGCACCCCGCAAUGACAUGGGACACGUUCAAGCAGUUGCUCCGUGACUUUGAAUUAGAUAUGUUGGAUCGUAUAGACACACGUGCGGCUCUUGAGUCUGGCAUCGGCUGGUACGAAAAGUCGGGCAGGAGCGACCUAGAAGAGUGGAGAGCGCGAGCAGCAAAGUUUCCUGUUCGUGAAGAUAGCUCUCCACUCGUAUGCAGAAUCAUCCGAGGCUUUGUCGCCUACAAAGAGUCCUCAUAG